GGGCGUCCCGUUUCGGAACAAAGUUGCGGAGCUGCGCAAUAACGCUUCUUCUUCUUCUUCCGCGCUGCGUGCGUCUCAAGGGCAAAAAAAAAAAAAAGCUCCGAAUGAAGACCGCUCGCUAACCAACAACACCUUCUGUCUCUUUUGGCAAAGCCCCCUCCGCCACUAUGAGAGCCCCCCCCCCUCCCUGCCUCUCUUUCCUGCGUGCCCUUUGCCGCUUUCCAGGAGGUCUUUCCUAUACGAUGAGCCUGCUGGCGGAGGAAGGUGACGUGCUCCGCCGGAGCGGCGGCAUGGAGACACUGUGACCGAGCUCGGAGCAGGAAUAUGCGGCAGUGUCGCCCCCCCUCCCUCCCUUCCUGUCAUACGCGGUGGAUCUAUCUACAUGAGCAGCAUCCUUUUAUUUCAAUCCCGGAGGAUUCGAAGGUCCGUCCGGAGGGGAGAACGCACGUCGCGGAUCCGCUUCGUGUGAUCCUUCGGACGGCGUCCGUCAAGUAAAGUUUGACCAAGUCCUCCUUUGUGAUCAUCACCAUUUUGGAGCGGACAUGGAGUCUGUCAUUGAGAGGCGGAUAACGUGAGAGUUUGAUGCCCGUUUCAACUUGGGAUGAAGAUGCCACCCUGGAGCGGAGACUGGCGAGUGAAAGCCGGCAUUGAGCGUCUUUGAUCGGUGACGGAGGACACGGAGACAUCUUUGCAUCUGUCCAAAAAAAGAUAAAUAUAUAUUUUUUUUUUACCCGGCCCUUGGACUCCUGCGCACAAUGGGGAUUAUGCUCCAAGUUAUUCUAGGAAUGUUUCAAUUCCUGCUGCUCACCAGAAUUCCCAGCUCCCACGCCAAGGGGGGGGGGAAAGUGGGCCGCCUGGCAGCGUUCCAACACGAUGACGAGCCCAAACAGACUUUUAGGAUGACGAGUCGAUACAGAGCGGGAUGGAUAAAAGCCGUGAGGCCUACCGACUGCGUUGCCAGCCAUGGAGACAAAGAUGGCUGUGUUGACUCAAAUACUCUACUAAGGAGUACACAGACUACUAUCCAGGUUUACUAUCUGGCUCACUGGCGACCCACGGAGCCGUCCAAAUCCAGAGAAGUGCGACGGUGGUUGGAGGUGUACUCGCGGAGCGGCUGCGAGCCCCGAGAAACCUUGGCGGAGGUUUGGCGGGAGUUGCCGGGGGAGACGCAUCACCUUUUCGUGCCCUCCUGCGUGGCGGUACGGCGAUGCGGAGGAUGCUGCGCGGACGAGGCCAUGGAGUGCGUUCCGUCGCUCACGCGCACGGUCACGAUGGAGCUGAUGAGGACUUCCUUCAUGAAGCACGAGCUCAUCGAGUUGCCCUUCGUGGAGCACAGCCAGUGUGAGUGCCGAAUAAAAGCAGCGUUCCAACCGACACCAACGACAAGGCCCAAUCACGCGGCAACAAGAGGCAAGAAGAAGAGGAGAGGAAAGAAGACGAUGUCAGCGUCCAGAAGAGCGACCCCCGUCCUCUCAUCCCGACCCACCAGCCCCCCUUCUUCGCCGUCCACGCGGCCUUCCUGUCGACCCUGCAGAGGGCGAAAUCGGGCGUUGGAUGCCGGGUCUUGUCGCUGUCUCUGCACCGUCACGGCCGAGAGCUGCGGCAGGAAAGACAGGAGGUUGGAUUCUCACCGUUGCAGGUGUGAUGCCGUGAGGACCUAACGACCUCCGCCUCCCAACAGGAAGUAUGAGCGCACAGCACGCCACCUUGUAGUCGCUUUCUAGCCGAGCCACCAGUGUAGCCAUCCUAGACCUACGUAGAUCAUGUAUGUACACACGUGUGGGUGUGUGUGUGUGUGUUUCUGUGGUCUCACAUGUACAGUACACACGUGCACGGACUUGUCCGCUUGGGAAAAACGCUGAUUUACGGAUAUAAACAUUCCCGAUGGAGCCUCUUUGGACUCUCUUGUAACGGGACGAUAUCUACGUAUGGAAGCGCAACAUACAGAUGGUUCGUGUCGAGGCCUGUGUGUGUGUGUGUGUGUGUGUAGGAUCGAAAUACUCAGAGACGCCAUACGGGAUAUAUAGGAUAUGCGCUCGGAAUGUCAUUCGGAGUCGGUAUAAACCAGGGGUGCUCACACUUUUUCAGCAUGCGAGCUACUUUUAAAAAUGACCGAGUCAAAAUGAGCUACCCACUACAAAAAUGCAAAACAUCUAUUUAUUUUCAAAUGUAUUGAGGAUUAUUUGUACGUACAAUGUAUGUUGAUGUACCUUACAUAACCAAAUGAGCCAAUAUUGCAAAACACACAUAAUUAACUAUUAACAUUUUUUGUAAUUACCUGAGUUUACUUUGAUGACUUGCACUGAAUUGAACCAGCCAGGGAUGCAUAGUCCGGACAGUAGCUGCUGAUAGCCAGCCUCAAGCACACUUCCAAAUGUUUAUCAGUCAUGGAUAAUAUCCGUAUCAUAAUAUCCGUAUAAUAUUCCAUAUCCGUAUGGAAGUGAUAUGUUUUUUGCCUUUUUACUUGGUCCAGUUUUUGCCUUUUUACUUGGUCCAGUUUUUGCCUUUUUACUUGGUCCAGUUUUUGCCUUUUUACUUGGUCCAGCUCCUUCACUCAUUUUAGUGACCAUAAACUUUAGCGAGGGCUUUAAAAUCUAACGCAAUUCGCCGACUAGCUUAGCACUUUGCAUCGUUGUUUACGCAUGAGCGGUGACCUAAAGGUCAAAAUUCAGUUGUCAUCUGACUGGUUGUCCUGUAUGUCAAUCAAGUAACGGGGAUGGAUGAUAGGCUGACAUCGUAAGUUCUGCUGCACUUAAUGCGGGAAAUGCGGGAAAUGCGUAAAAUGCGUAAUCCGGGAAAGAACACAAGGUCCCCCCCCCCCCCGCCCCCUCUAGAGAACCUCCAAAGCAGGGGUGUCCAAACUGCGGCCCGUAGCAAACAAGAAACACACAAAAAGCAGUCAUUUUAACACAAUGACGUCAUAAAGUCAUGACAAAAAAUAAAGAUUUUAGCAGCAUAAAGUUAGCAAAAUAGCAAAAAUAAAUUUCAAUUUAGGCAGAAAAUUAGGUCACGGGAAAAAAAGUAGUAAUGUGACAAGAAUAUUGUCCAAAUAUUACCAGAAGAUGAAAUAGUUAUGGGAAAAAAGCAACAGAAAUGGAAAAAAAAAAACUAUCCCAACAAAAAAAUGGCGUCAUCUAACCACAAAAAGGUCUGAAUUUUACCAUAAUAAUAUCACACUAAUUAUGUUAUUAUGUCAUUAUGUCAUUUUAGUAGCAUCAAGCUAGAAGUAUAACAUUUCGGGACAAUCGGCUUGCGGAAAAAAUUCUACGAAUAAAGUCAAAAUAUUAUAAAUAAAAUAGCCAUAAUUACCAGAAAAACAUUUGCAAGAGGAAAGUUGAAAUAAUUGGAACAUAAAUAGUUAUAGUUUGACAAAAAUUAAUUUUUUUUUGCCAUCCCAAAUUUGAUGAUGUGAAACUUUAGCGUGGUUUAGCACCAGAAUACAACAAUUUAAUGACUUUUGUAGAAAAAACGAUUAGAAAGUGAUUAGAAACUUGAAAUAUUAUACUUAGAGACGUCGUUUGAUUUGAUUGGUCGCCCGAAGGGCAACAUUCAGUUGUCAUCUGAAUGGCUGCCGUGUAUGUCAAUCAAGUGACGGCAUUGAUGCUGGGAUGAUAUUUUUUUAAUGUCACGCCGCCAUCGACCAGCGAUCGACCGGUAGCUCGCGAUCGACUUAAUGAGCACCCCUGGUAUAAGCGAUGCUGAAUGUACGUAUCUGUGUGGUCCCGAGAGGGGGGGGGGGGGGUGGGGUUUUAAGGGAGGUCUGAAAGACCCAUAUGGGUUAUCCUCGGCGCCCCCUCAUUCAGAGGCGCAUGAGCGCCAUUUGUUUUAAUUUGGGCUCUUUUUUUUUUUUUUUUGUCUCCCAUCUUUUCCUCUGCUCGCCCCACAUAUUGAAAGCCGUCCGCUCGCACUGCCUCUCUUUUUGGGGGGCGAGUGAGAAGAAUGACAAUAAUGAGGUCUGGCGUCCGUCCACUGCUCUGCAACCCCCCCCCCCCCCCUUCACACACACACACACUUGUAUUCACACUUAAAGCAGCAGGAACACACACACACUCACACAAGCAAUGUGAAAUCAGCAGGUAGCCAUCUUUUUUUUUUAUAUUACUGCACUUUUUUGGUGAAAAUAUAAGCCUCAAUUUGAUAUAUUUUAUAAAAAGCGAACAUGUAAUGCGUCUGAAUAAAGCGCCACACAUCACUAGGAACCGGAGGGGGGGGGGGGGGGUAAAUGUAUAGAAUUUAAAGGCCAUAUAUACGUAUUAUAAUCAGUGUUGUUUUCUUUGAGGACGGGAAGGAAUCCGCCGCUUCGAGCCGAGACGAGGCAAAAAAAACGCCGGAGUUGCGUCGACGCGGCGGGCCGCCCCCCCCCCAACCCCCCCGAGAAGCAUAAUGGCGCAGGUCAGGGAGUUAAAACCUCUUUUCUUUCUCUGUAUUUUUUUUUUUCCGACUGUGUCAUGUGCUCCAUUUUUUUUUUUUUUUUAACCAGUCACAUUUUGUCCCUGCGGUAUACA